AUGAACAAGAACUGGAACGACAGGGCAGACAAAGAUCUGUUCUUUACCAUUCUGUCCAUCAAGAACGUCGGCGUCAUCAGCGGCUCAGAAUGGGCCACCAUCGGCAACCACAUGCGAGGUCUUGGAUAUGGCUUUACCAAUGAGGGCUGCCGACAACAUUUUCAGGGGCUUCGCCGGGCCCAAAACAAGGGCGAAAUCCCCAACGGCUCAACAACAACAUCAUCAUCAGACAACCCCCGAAAGGCAGAUCCGAGUAUGAAUCCUAUCACUCGACGCCCAGGCCCAGGGCGUGGCAGACCUAGGAAGCAGCCACCCGCGCCCGUUGCUCAGCCUGGCCAAGACCCCUCCUUAAAUGCCUCUUUCCCCUUGCAGGAUCAGCAGCAGCUACCUCCUGCGCCAAGUCAUGAUGAUUUGGUCUCCGCUGGUGCGCCGGUCCCUUUGACCAUCCCAUCCCAGGACCCGUCCACGUUGGGCUUGAUGCAUGCCGAGACAGAUCUUGAGGAACAGCCUGCGAAGCGUCAGAGGCUCGAUGAGCAUCAGAGGCUGGACGAUCCUUCGGAUGCUCUCGUCGAUGAUGCAGAGCUUAGUCUCGACGCCGAUGGGCACGUAGAUGCUAUGGUGCAUCCUGACUUGCCCGAGUACUUUGGCGAAGCAUAG